AUGGCUGGUGGUACUGGUUCAGGCAAGUCCACACUCUCUGCAGCAGUAGAAAGGUUGUUCAAUCAUCGUAAUACCGAAAAAAUGAAAGUGAUUCCCUUGUAUGAUGGAUUUCACUACUCCCAAUCACAACUCGCAACCCUUAAUUUCAAUACCAACGAAUGUCCCUUCCAACGCCACGGUGCACCAUUCACUUUCAACAGUCCAGCAUUCAUUCAACCCAUUCAAAAACUACGUCAAACCCCAGUAACGGAGGAAGAUCAAUCUACGAAUGGUAUCUGGGCACCUAGUUUCGACCACGCCGCGAAAGACCCCGUAAACAAUGACAUCUACAUUCCUUUCUCACAACGGAUAAUUUUACUCGAGGGUAAUUAUCUCUUGCUGAAUGAAAAGCCUUGGAAUGAGAUUCGGGAUGUGGUGGAUGAGACGUGGUUCGUCGAUGUAUCGAGGGAAGAAACAAAGAAACGGUUAAUCAAGCGACAUAUUGAGGCUGGAGUUGAGAGUACUUGGGAUGCCGCGGCUUUGAGAGUGGAGAACAAUGAUCUGUUGAAUUUGGAUUUGGUUGGUUUGAGUAAAGGUUGUUCGCAAGUGAUUAUUAGUAACUCAAGCAAUAGUUCCGUAGACAUCAGCACGAUUUGCAGGUAG